AUGGCAAGUUCGUAUGGAAAAAUUCAGGAGGCGCUGAAGAAACCUCAAGGUCCGGCGACGAUACUGGCAAUCGGCACGGCCAAUCCUCCCAACAUCAUCUACCAAGCCGAUUAUCCGGAUUACUAUUUCCGAGUCACCAACAGCGAGCACAUGACCCUUUGGAAAGAUAAGUUCAGGCGUAUAUGCGAGAAAACAAUGAUCAGGAAAAGGCACAUGCACAUCACCGAAGACAUCCUCAAGCAGAACCCCAGCAUGUGCACUUAUGGCGUCCCGUCCCUGAAUGCCCGCCAAGACAUAUUGGUCCCUAGCGUUCCGGAGCUCGGCGCUGAGGCCGCGGUGAAGGCGAUCGAAGAAUGGGGCCGACCGCAAUCGAAGAUCACGCAUGUGAUAUUCAAUUCGACCUCUGGAUGGCACAUGCCCGGCGCAGAUUUUUCUUUGGCAAAGUUGCUCGGUCUCGAGCCGUCCGUGAAGAGGAUCAUGAUGUACCAGCAAGGAUGUUAUGUGGGCGGCACGAUCCUGCGCAUGGCCAAGGACAUAGCCGAGAACAAUCCUGGGUCGAGGGUCCUCGUGGUGUGCUCCGAGAUCACCCUCGGCUCGUUCAACGGCCCUUCCGAGGCCGACCCGGAAUUUCUUGUGAGCCAGGCGUUCAUCGGGGAUGGAGCGGCGGCCCUGAUCAUUGGCGCCGACCCGGACGCAUCGAUCGAGCGGCCCUUGUUCCAGGUAAUAUCGUCCUCCGAGACGGUCAUCCCUGGGUCUGAGGGCGUGAUUGAGGGCCCUCUACGGGAGAUGGGCCUCACGAUCAGCCUCUCACGGAGCAUUGCGGCAUUAGUGUCGGACAACAUGGAGGAGCACCUGAAGGAAGCGCUUCGCCCUCUGGGGAUCGCCAGCGAUUGGAACUCAUUGUUUUGGGUGGUUCAUACCGGCGGGAGGGAGACCCUCGACAAGAUCGAGACGAAGCUCAGGCUCAACCCCGACAAGCUCGGGGCGACGAGGCACGUGUUGAGCGAGUUCGGGAACAUGGCGAGCUCGUCCGUCUUCUUCGUUCUUGAUGAGGUGAGGAAGAGACUGACGGAGAAAGGCGAAGGAAGAGAGUGGGGAGUUCUCUUUGCGUACGGAGCUGGUCUUACAUUGGACUCCGUUGUGCUUCGUAGCGUGAUCACAGAUCCCGCCCUUUAGUUCCAUUACUCGUUCAAGUGGAUCGAUUCACCUAGUGCAAGUAAAUAAAUGUCGGUCUGGAAUAAUUUGAUUAAAUAAGAGAAUCGAUCCUGGGUUUUAUUUUCAAGGGUGGAUCAUUUUGGAGAAGAGUCGAUAUUGAAUGUACCUGUUUUUAUUUGGCAAUAU